AUGCACCAGCAAGUCGCCGUGUGUUGUAGAGUGUCAGAACUUUCGUACAGCCCCUUUCAUCCUACCGUCCUCGCAUGUAAAGCUGUCUCCGACAGUCUAGACUGUUCACGGUUCGAGGCAUCUAAACAAUCACGAACCGGGUCCGCCAACUGCUGCCCACUGGGGCUCGGACGGCGGCGUCUGAGGGUGGAUAACCGCGGUAAGAAGUUCGCAAAAGUGGUUCGCUGCUGUGGGAGAGCGCAGUGGUUCGCUGCUGUGGGAGAGCGUACGGAGAUCUGCUCAGGGAUAUUCUCGCCCACGGUGGAUCUCAGCCGCCUGGCGGGGCUUGUGGGCUCGCGAGUUGGUGCCGGCGAAAGGAGGUGGCUACUCGACCGGUUGCUCGCUCGUGUCGGCGUCAGGCCGCGCGUCUCCGACAAAUCUCGGCGCGUUGCUGUGGCGGGGCGCUUCACGGUGGAUGCUAGUCGAAAGAGAGGAGGGCAACACUGGUACUGCAAUUCGUCUGAUGCGUGCGACGGGCGGACAUCGGCGGUAGGAAGGCUUCUCGCGGUGGUGGACGGACGUCAGCGGCCUUCUCGCGGCGGCGUGCUCCUCCUCGGCUGGGCCGUUCGACUGCGCGCGAUGGGCCGUUGCGAGACGCCGGCGGUUGCUGAUGGAUGGCAGCGGCUAAGGGUUCGCCGGCGAGGAGGGAUUUUCGGGAGAAAAUCGAGGGAGGGGAGGCGAUUUUUCGAUCUGAUUUUGGCCUAA